ACUAUUUAAACAAAAAUAAAAAAAAUACUUUUUAAUUAAUUUAUUUAUAAUUAAUUUUGAUGUUUAUAAUGAUGAUGAUAAUACGUUAAUGAAUAUUAACAAGUGAUUAAUGUGAUAACACACUUGUUACCUGGAGGAUGCUAGUGCAAGACAAUGCAACCGGCUCGUUUUAAACAAUGUCUCAUAGGGAUAUCUCUGAGGUGGAACCCGAAGGUACGUCGGCCUUGGCAGCUGGUUCUCGAUUAUUAUUUCUAGAAACAGUACGUAAAAGUAAUGCAGCUUGUCAAAAUGGUGAUUACAAUUUGGCAGCAAAACUUUAUACUGAUGCUUUAUCACUGGAUCCACUUAGUCAUGUAUUGUACUCAAAUAGAUCAGCAACACGUCUUAAAAUGGGUUUAUUUGCAUUGGCACUUCAAGAUGCAGUACGUGCAACUGAGCUUGUUCCACAAUGGCCAAAAGCAUAUUAUCGUCAAGGUGUAGCACUACAAUGUUUAGGUCGUCAUGGUGAAGCACUUGUUGCAUUUGCAACUGGUUUAGCACGUGAACCAUCAAAUAGUCAACUUUUAUCUGGUUUAGUUGAAGCAUCAUUAAAAUCACCAUUAAGACAAACACUUGAGCCAACAUUUCAACAAUUACGUGCAAUGAAACUUGAUGAAUCACCAUUUGUUGUAAUAUCUGUUGUUGGACAAGAAUUAUUAGGUGGUGGACAAUAUAAAGCAGCUGCUGGUGUAUUAGAAUCAGCUCUUGUUAUUGGUACAUGUAGUCUUAAACUUCGUGGUUCAGUAUUUUCAGCAUUAUCAAGUGCAUAUUGGGCAUUAAAUUUACUUGAUAAAGCUAUAAAUUAUAUGCAACAAGAUUUAGAUGUUGCACAUUCACUUGGUGAUACACAAGGUGAAUGUCGUGCACAUGGUAAUUUAGGUUCAGCAUAUUUUAGUAAAGGUACAUAUAAAGAAGCAUUAACAUCACACAGAUAUCAACUUGUAUUAGCAAUGAAAUGUAGAGAUGCACAAGCAGCAGCAUCAUCAUUAACAAGUCUUGGUCAUGUUUAUACAGCAAUUGGUGAUUUACCAAAUGCACUUGCAUCACAUAAACAAUGUGUACAAUUAGUUAAACAAAUGGGUGAUCGUUUACAGGAAGCACGUGAAAUUGGUAAUGUUGGUGCUGUUUAUUUAGCAAUGGGUGAAUUUGAUAGUGCUGUUGAUUGUCAUACACAACAUUUAAAAAUAGCACGUAAACUUGGUGAUCGUGUUGAGGAAGCACGUGCAUUUAGUAAUCUUGGUUCAUCACAUUAUUAUCGUAGAAAUUUUUCACAAUCAAUGAUAUAUCAUGAAAAUGUAUUAAAAAUAGCACAAGAACUUGGUGAUCGUACAAUUGAAACACGUGCAUAUGCUGGUUUAGGACAUGCUGCAAGAUGUGCUGGUGAUUUAUUACAAGCAAAAUUAUGGCAUCAACGACAACUUGAUGUUGCAUUAACAACAAAAGAUAAAAUUGCUGAAGGACGUGCAUGUAGUAAUCUUGGUAUUGUUUAUCAAUUAUUAGGUGAACAUGAUGCUGCAUUAAAAUUACAUCAAGCACAUUUAAAAAUAAGUAAAACACUUGGUGAUCGUGCUGGUAUGGGUAAAGCAUAUGGUAAUAUUGGUAAUGCAUAUAAUGCAAUGGGUUUAUAUGAACAAGCAAUUAAAUAUCAUAAACAAGAAUUAACAAUAAGUAAAGAAGUCAAUGAUAGAAGUUCAGAAGCAUCAACACAUGGUAAUUUAGCUGUUGCAUAUCAAGCUGUACAAGGACAUGAAACAGCAAUGAGACAUUAUCGUGCACAUUUAGCAAUUGCUAGAGAAUUAAAAGAUGCUGCUGGUGAAGCUUGUGCAUUAUUAAAUUUAGCAAAUUGUUUAUCAUCACGUGGUAGAUUUGAUGAGGCUGUACCAUAUUAUGAAAAUUAUUUAAUGUUAUCACAAGAAUUACAUGAUGUUGAGGGUGAAGCUAAAGCAUGUCAUUUUUUGGGCUAUGCACAUUAUUGUUUGGGUAAUCAUCGUGAAGCAAUUAGAUAUUAUGAUCAAGAUUUAGCACUUGCUAAAGAUUUGCAGGACAAAUCUGGUAUGGGUAGAGCAUAUUGUAAUCUUGGUUUAGCACAUUUGGCACUUAAUAAUUUAGAUACAGCAUUAGAAUGUCAAAAAUAUUAUUUAGCAAUAGCACAUAUGAUGAAACAUAUACCUGGUAAAUUUCGUGCACUUGGUAAUAUUGGUGAUUGUUUAUUAAAAUUAAAUGAAACAGAUGAAGCUAUUAAAAUGCAUCAACGACAAUUAAAUUUAGCAAGACAAACAUCUGAUCGUAGUCUUGAAGCAACAGCAUAUGGUGCACUUGGUAUUGCACAUAGAACAAUUAAAAAUUUAGAUAAAGCAUUAGGUUUUCAUACACAAGAAUUAACAUUACGUCAAGAAUCAAGUGAUUUACGUGGUGAAUGUCGUGCACAUGGUAAUUUAGGAGCUGUACAUAUGGAUCUUGGACAAUAUACACAUGCUGUUAAAUGUUAUCAAGAACAACUUGAUCGUGCUAAAGAACUUGGUGGUGAUUCAUCUAUUGUUGCACAAGCAUUAGGUAAUUUAGGUAUUGCUAGAUUAAAUAUGGCACAUUAUGAAGAUUCAAUUGGUUAUUUUGAACAACAAUUAGCAACACUUGAACCAUUAACAAAUAAUACAUCACUUAUUGAUAAAGUAAGAGCAUUAGGUAAUUUAGGUGAUUGUUAUGAGGCACUUGGUGAUCCAGAUGAAGCUAUUAAAUGUCAUGAAAAACAAUUAUCAUUAGCAAUACGUUUACGUAGUAUUAAAGAUCAAGAAAAAUCAUAUCGUGGUUUGGGUAGAGCACGUGAAGCAUCUGGUAAUUAUCAAGAGGCACUUGUUUGUUUUGAAAAAAGAUUAGUUGCUGCACAUGAAGUUGAUAAUAUUGAAUCAAAAGGUGCUGCAUAUGGUGAUUUAGGAAGAAUUCAUGCUGCAUUAGGUAAUCAUGAACAAGCUAUUAGUUGUUUAACACAUCAAAUGACAUUAGCACAAGAUAUUAAUGAUCGUACAGCACAAGCUGAAGCAACAAGUGGUCUUGGUGCUGUAUAUUUAUUAAUGGAUGAUCCAUCAAGUGCAUUAAUGCAUCAUAAAAUUGAACUAAGUAUUGCUGAUGAGCUAGAUUCUCCAGCUUUACAAGCACGUGCAUGUGCUAAUUUAGGCUCAACACAAGAAGCACUUGGUCAGUAUGAAGAAGCUAUUAGAUUACAAGAACAAUCAUUGAGUCUUGCUGCUGCUGCUGGUGAUCAAUCAGCACGUGCAGCAGCAUUUUCAAGUCUUGGUAGAUUACAUCAUUUUUGUGGUGAUUUAUCAAGAUCAUUAAGUUAUUUACAAUCUGGUUUAUCAUUAUCCGAGGGUCUUGGUAUGAUGAGAAAAGAUGAAAUUGCAAGAUUACGUCAUAGACUUGGUCUUGUACAUUGGCAAGCUGGUGAGCAUAAUAUUGCUAUUGAACAACUUGAAAAAGCAGCAAAUUUACUUGAAACAUUUGAUUUUAUUGGAGCAACAAGUAUACCAUGUUCACCAGGAAAAAAAAUUAAUUUAUUAUCUGAUACAUAUGAAAAUUUACAAAAAAUACUUGUCAGCUUAAAUAGACCAGAAGAAUCAUUAAAUUGGGCUGAAAGAUCAAGAUCGAAAAAAAUUAAAAAUCAUGAUAAUACAAUUGUACAUUAUUCAGAUAUAAUUGAUCGUCAAAAAGGUAUUGUAUUGUAUUACAGUGAAGUUGGUAAUGAAUUACAUGCAUGGUGUCUUGCACCAACACGUGGAUUAUUAAGAUUUCAUUCAACAACAUUGGACAAUAGAUUAUCACUUGAGGAACAAGUUAUUCAAGCACGUGAAGCUUUACUUGGUGAAACAAAUCAAACUGAACAAAUUGAUGAAAUAACAAAAAUACCAACACGUGGACAUCAUUUAAAUGCAAGCUCAUAUAGUUUAAGUAGUUUAUUUAGUGUUGGAUCAACAAGUUCAAGAGCUGGUAGUGUUAGAUGGGGUCGUGGUACAAAAGGACCAAUUUGGCAAUCACCAAAUUCAGUACAAAAUUUAUAUGAUCUUCUUGUAGCACCAUUUGAAGAUCUUUUACCACCAGCAAGAAAAGAUUUAAUUUUUGUUGUUGAAAAGGCAUUAUAUUUAGCUCCAUUAGCAGCACUACAAGCUGGUUUUGGUGAAGAUUAUCUAUGUGAAAGAUUUUCAUUAAUUGUCGUACCAUCAUUGUCAUCAUUAAAAAAACGUUCAAAAUUACCAAUGCCAGAAGGUGGUGCAACAGUUGCAGCACUUGUUGCUGGUAAUCCAAAUUUACCAGAAGAAUUUAGAGAAAUUAAUGGCUGGCCAGAGUCAUCAAUAUCAGCUGAAUCUGAAGCUGGUAUUGUUGCUGAAAUAUUAGAAUCACGUCCAUUAACUGGUAUUGAAGCAACAAGAUCAGCUGUAUUAGGCUCAAUGCCUGAUGCUGAAUGUAUACAUUUAACAACACCAAUAAUAUGGAAUUCAUCAAGUUUUGCAUUAACACCAGAUCAAAAUGAAGAAACAAAUGAUAGACCAGAAUAUUUAAUAACAUGCUCUGAUAUUAUUAGAAUAAGAUUAUCAGCAAGAUUAAUUGUUUUAUCUGGUGGUCAUUGUUGGACUGAUAAUAAUGAUAAUACAACAAAAAUAACACCAAAUGGAUUACAAAAUAUUGUCAAAGGUUUAUUAGAUGCUGGAGCACAAAGUGUACUUGUUUCAAUGUGGCCAGUACCAUCAACUGCUGGUUCAAUUUUAUUAAGAGCAUUUUAUAGUGCAAUGCUGCAGGGCGCUUGUGCAUCAAGAGCACUUGCUGAGGCUAUGCAAACAGUACAACAUACAAGACACUUUGCUCAUCCAGCUAAUUGGGCUGGUUGGUUAUUAUUUGGUGGUGAUGCAAGAUUAUCAAAUAAAGUUGCAUUAAUGGGACAAGCAUUAGCUGAAUUAUUACGUGGUGGACCAGAACAAAGUCGUGAUGCAUUACGUGUUACUUUACAUUUAGUUGAAAAAUCAUUACAACGUAUUCAUCGUGGACAAAAAAAUGCCAUGUAUACAUUACAGCAUAGUAUUGAAAAUAAAGUUGGUGGAGCAACUGGCUGGAAAGAAUUACUUAUGUCUGUUGGUUUUAGAUUUGAACCAGGUGGUAAUAAUAUUCCAUCAUCAGUAUUUUUUCCACAAAGUGAUCCAGAAGAAAGACUGACACGUUGUAGUGCUAGUUUACAAGCUUUAUUAGGACUUGGUCAACCUUCUUUACAUGCACUUGUUCGACUUUUGCAGGCACCAGAAGCUGGUGAAGAUGUCAUUGCAGCUAUGAGAAAAGCAAGUAGUGCAACAGAAGGACAAGAAGUUACAUUACCAGUUACUGUCUGGCGUGCAUCUGGUUCACAUGAAUUAUUUGCAAGUUUAGGAUUUGAUUUAAUGGAAGUUGGACAAUCUGAAGUUACUCUUAGAACUGGCAAACAAGCAUCAAGACGAGCUGUACAAUUUGCAUUGCAAGCAUUACUUGCAUUAUUUGAUACGCAAGAAGCACCAAAGAGUCUUAGUCUUGAUUCUGGAAGUUCAAUGGAGAGUCUUGUUUCAGUUAAUCAAUCAGAUAAAAAAUCAUUAUCAGAUCAUUCAAGACUUGGUGGUGCAUUUGCAAGUUAUGUACGUCAUCGAGGUGAACCAGAUGGAAAAACAACUGAACCACCAAGUAUUCCAAUGUCACGACAAACUUAUCCAAAUGAAGGAGGUGAAUCUGAUGUUGCAUUUACACCAAGUCCACCAGUUGCAUUGACUCUAAAUCAUCAAACAAGAAUACGUAAUUUAUAUCAAGAUCAAAUAGCUCGUCCUGGUUCAAGUUCAAGUAGUUCAGUUACAGAUUGGGAAAAUGGACACAAUACAAUAUUAAGAAGACAACCAUUACCACCAUUACCUCCAACAGUACUUGAAAGAUUAUCAGUUAGAACUGAAAUUGGUAAUAAUAAUACAAGUACACCAAGAAAAUUAAGAAUGUCAACAAAUAAUGAAGAUACAAAUCAAUCAGAAUCAUCACAAAAUAAUAAUAUAAAUAAUAAUACUAAUGAUGGAAUAUCACACAUAAGAAAUAUGACAACAUUGAGUGGUUUAACACGAGAAUUAACACCAACAAUAUCUGAUGUUUAUCAUGAAAGAAAUCUUGGUCUUGGUUUAGCGCCAUCAUUAUCAAAGUUACUUGAAGAAGUUGGUAAUGUAACUGAAAGUGAACAAGGACAAUUAUCACGAUCAGAAACAAGUCAAACACAAAAUUGGCUACAAAAUGAACCAGAAUUGUGUCGUAGAGAUGAAGCUGAUGGUAGAUCAAUUGCUGAAUCACAAUGUAGUGCAACUAGUUCAAACAAAAUUCAUAGAAAAGCACCACCACCAGCAGUAUAAAAAUAUUAUUUUCAUUAUUUUAAUUAUUAACUUAUAAUAUUAAUAACAUCCAAGUGUUUAUUCCAAAAAUAAAUAAAUAAAUAAACACAUAAAGAAAUAUAUAAUUAUGGUGGUAGUCGGGUUAUAACAUUGAUAAAAUCUUGACUUUAAAUAAUUUAUCACGCAUGUAAAAUAUCAAGAGAUAUCCGUCCAAUAAUUAAAUUAAAUUUUUAACAAAAUAAUUAGUUAAUAAUUAGAAUUAAAAAGUGCAAGUACAAUCGCAUGUGAAAUAUUCCAAACUUUAAUUGUUAACAACGUAUUUAUAUAUAUGAAUAUUAAUAAUAAAUUUGAUAAUUUAAUUAUAUAUUAUUUUUUAUUGCUAUUAUAAUAAAAUAGAAUACAAAAUAAAUUGAGAUAAACUUAAAAAGAUUCAGUAUUUCAAUAAUAAAAUAUUAAAAUUGUUAUAUAAUAA